AUGGUGCGUAAAUGUGGUGGUCUGCCCUUGGCAAUAUGUGCUCUUGGAGGGAUACUAGCAACAAAGAGGGCAGAUAUCAAGGAAUGGAAAUAUAUACACAGAGACGUCGCCUCGAACAUUAACAGAGGCAAAGAUGGAGGUGUGAUGGGUAUCCUCGCAUUAAGUUAUAAUGAUCUGCCAGUUCACUUGAAGCCAUGCUUUCUCUAUUUAGGUCUUUUUCCUGAAGAUUAUGCAAUUCCAAGAAGGAAAUUGAUCCAAUUAUGGAUCGCCAAGGGCUUCAUACCACAUACAAAAGAAGAUGCACAAGGAACACUAGGGAAACACGAAUAUUAUGCUGAGUUGAUCCAAAGGUGUAUGAUUCAACCCGAUAAAUAUGCGACAUCUUUGUCUGUUAAAAGAACAUGGCGAGACAAAACAUGUCGGAUGCAUGAUCUGAUGCGAGAUCUUUGUUUGUCGAAAGGAAAGGAGUUGAAUUUCCUUGAUAUUUACAAUCACGGCAUUGAUGGCACAACAUCUAGCAAUGAUACUAGUAGAAGAUUGCGGAGGUAUGCUAUCAAUCUUACUGAUGAACCGAGGUUUGGCCUCGACUUUCAUUUCAAUAAUUCAGCUUCCGCACUUCGUACUCUUCGCGGACCCUCAUUUCGUAGAGCUGCGGAGCCAUUAAUGAAGUACCAACACAUGAAACUGCUACGAGUCUUAGAUCUUGGAGAUUUAUAUUUACAGAAAAAUGAAUUAAAAAUGGUUUUUGAGUUAAUUCACUUGAGGUAUUUAGGAAUAGGGGGUUUAUUAAGGCAAGACAAAAUUCCAUCAUCCAUAGGAAAUUUAAGAAAUUUAGAAACCCUAAAGCUAGAGGGAGAUACCUUUUUACCCGAGACGAUAACCAAAUUAGUACAAUUAAGACACCUCGAGAUGAAAGUACUUGAAGGUAAAAUCAGCCAUAAUUUUCGAAUUGAAAAUUUGAUGAACCUCCAGACUCUCAGUGAUAUUCGCGCUGGGAAAUGGAUAAGAAAGGGUUGUUUUGGGAAGUUGUCGAAACUCCAAAAUUUGUCCGUGUAUCAUACCUCGCGAUCGCAAGCUGAUGUUCUUAUUCAUGAGAUUACUAACAAGAAGAGUUCGUCAUCUUCAUCGUUUGAUGACCAGCAUCAGAACCCUAUUAGAGUUUUAGAACUAAGAUUAACGGGUUAUUUUGACAACAAAAUAUUUGAUUUACUUUCUUGUUGCAAUAACCUUCAUCGGAUUCGGUUGGAUGGUAGACUAGAUGGUGGUCUUAACCUCCAGAAAUACCCACCAAAUCUCAGCAAGUUAAUAUUGAAGAACAGCAGUCUGGAGAAAGACCCGAUGGAAACUCUUCAAUACCUUCCCAAUCUCAACUUCUUACAGUUGGCUUGGGCGUUCCAAAGGGAGGAAAUGGUGUGCUCUACAAAAGGAUUUCCUCAACUCCAAAUUUUAAACAUAGAAUGGAUGAGACAACUAAAGAAGUGGACAAUUGAUCAAGGUGGGAUGCCAUGUCUUAAGGAGUUGAACUUAGAAGGCUUAGAGAAAUUGAGUAUGCUUCCUGAAGGUUUGAGGUUCAUCACUACACUAAAGAAAUUGACAAUUUAUGGUAUGCCAACGAUCAGAAAAAGGAUUGUAAGAGAAGUUGGAGAAGAUUGGUAUAAAGUCCAACAUAUACCCUCACUUAUUGUUAGAGAAUAUGAUUAA